CACACACUCACACACCGAGACUCAAUUACUGCCCAAUUCCCUUCUUUAUCAUUCGUCCCCGACCUCUUUCAUAACCAAAACCGACCAAGGAAAAAAAGAGGCGACAAGAAGACCAAGCCGAAGUGUUGGCUGAACUAAAAACCCACGCUGGAAAUAAGUAAAGUGUCGAAACUAAAGAAAGGUGUUACAGCAGUUAUGUCAAAGAGCUGAAGACAUCUCUAACAAUAUGGAGUCUGGAGAGCGGCUGGCCUCCCCUGCGCCCACCCUGUCUGCUGCUCGCACCUCCUCCCCUGCGGCCUCUUCCUCCUCCUCCUCCUCCUCUUCCUCUUCAUCAUCCCCUGCUCCCCACUCUAAGAGCAGCCUGGCCCCGAGCCCCUCAGCACUGGGAUCCACCCUCAGCACCUCUGGCCGUCUGUUUGGAGCAGCGGGAGAGCAGCCCUUCAUUGGUUCCACAUUGUCAAGUGCCUUCCCUCUGGUCAACCACCCAGCCUUCGGAGCCAUCUACACUGCCGGAGCAGGCAGGCCUGAGUUCGGAGGCCUGGGUUCCCUGGGCAUGUCAGCGGCUCUGGCUGCCCACCCACAGCUAGGAGCCCUCUCUGAGUGGUGGCGAGCUGCUGAAGCCCAUGGACGGGGAGCUGCUGCCUUUCUCCCCUCUUUCAUUGGCUUCCCUCCAUUCUUCGCCCCUCACAUUCAGCCGAACCACAGCGCCACUCCUGUUCAGAUCAGGAUGCCCGGCAAGAACAGCCAUGCCCCACCUAAAGGGGUGAAUGGGGCAGUGAAUGGCAGCGGGGUCUGUCCUCCCACCACACAAUCAGGGAGCUUUUCUGGGAGUCCGGCUCCUGUUCAGGCAUCGGCCAAGCCAACCAAAAAUUCAGACCCUUCGAACAGUCACCGUAGCAGCCCUCAGAACAAUCCAGCAGAGUUGGUGGAAAAGCCAGUCCAGAAAACUAAAGAGAAGAAGCCACGGAAGAAGCCGGCAGAUACUUGUGUGGGGAGCAACAGCGAAUCAGGCUCAUCCUCAGACAGCUCGAGUGACGGCUCCCUCAGCAGUGAUCUGGAAGACCUAGCAGAGGAUGAUGAAGAUGAUGAUGAUGACGAUGAGGAUGACGAGGAAGAGGACAAACAGAGUGAAUUGUCUGAUUCUGAGAAGCGGACAAAGAAGAAAACAAAGGUUUUGAUACCCAGCACUGGAACUGCAAAGACUGACAGACGACUUUCUGGGGAGCCCCAGGACAAGAAGGUCCCCGCCAACCCCCCGACCCUUGUGCCCUUAGCCUGCUCUGUUUCCCCUCCUGCCUUGUCCCAAACCUCGCCACUGGCUCUGCACAGCUCUAGGUCCCGGACAGAGGGGCCACAGCAACACUUCAGUGUGAUCCAGUCUACUGGCAUGGCUGCCAACUCAAAGCCCCUGGCACUCCUCACUCAGCCUCGUAGGGAGUCUUCACCGUCUUCCUCCCCCAUAGCCCUCACCACAUCUCCAAAGGCACUCUCCAACACUGCGUCUCCCAAACUGCUGCCCUCAUCCUCCCCCCAGCACCUGCCCCUCUCCCUCUGCUCCUCCCCUAAACCUCUCUCCGUCCCCUCUCCACCCCGCUCGACUCUCCCGCCGUCUACCUCCCCAAAACCUUCUGGUUUGACCUCAUCUGUAACAAGCUCCCAGAAGCGCUCGCUGAAUCCGCCACGGCAUGCUGUUCCUGGCUCUGCAAAAUCCAACAAAAGGAAACAUCUGGAAGCUUCACUUGCGCAGAUCAAUGAGUUCAGGCUCAAACAGACUCUCAUGUCCCAAGGGCAGACGUUCCCAGCUGAGCUAAAGAAGCAGCAGCAGGGGCCGAACAAGUCCCCCAAGAGGACGUCUCUGUCUUCAUCGCCAAUGCCACCCGCUCCGCCUCCUCCACCCCAGAACAAUCACUCCAACCUCUUCCUCUCGAGUGCCCUGCUGGGGCUCCCUGAACCCCACCACCCCAAUGGAGUCAUCCAAAGCACCACUCAGGACGCACCUUUGGCCCUCAUCACCAAACCUCGCAAAGACUCUGCCUCUCAAGGCAAGUCCCCUCAGUGCGACUCCGAUGCUGGGUCGAUGCCUGUCAAUCUGAGCACAGGGGCGAGCAGGACCCAAGCAACCGCCCAGGCUGGGCCUCCGUCACAGCCCCCCACUACCUCACCCCAUGCCGCAGGCCAUGGAUCCAGAAAGAACAAGACUCCCAAGGGUAAGGGACAGACACCAGGGCUGGGACAAGGACAGGGACAAGCAGACCCUUUAGCUGCCUGGAAGGGCUUCUCUCAGAACCACCUGGUACAGUCUCUGGUGGAUUUGUUUCGUGGAGGAGAGUCCGGGAUCGGGAUUCCUGGAGUUAGUAUCCCUGGAGUUGGAAUUCCUGGAGUGGGGAUCCCUGGGACAUGUAACCCCACAGCUGGUCUCCCUGCUAACAAGGAAUCUGACGACUCCGGAGAUGAUGAUGAUGAUGAGGAUGACGACCUUGAGGAGGAAGAAGAGGAUGAGGAGGACUCAGAUGAUAGUCUGUCAGAGUCUGACAGCAACUCAGACAGCGACAUCUCUGGGAAGAAAGUGAAGGAGUUAAAGCUGCUGCCGUCUGGAUCAUCUAAGAAGGAGUUGACUCCCCGCAGGAUAACCAAAGGCCCAGAACUACUGAACACCUCAACCAAUCACACCGCCACCAGCUGCUCCCCUCUCAACCUACAGGUCAUCAAGACUCCCACCAUUGUCACCAGCUCCAGUGCCUUGGCCUAUCACAGCUCUCCAGGCUCUUCCUCAUACAGCGUGGCCUCUCCAUUAGGCUUAGGGAAGAGGAAGAGGGUGAUGGAUGAGAAGGAGUUGAUGAUACCUCUGGAGUUGGGGUGGCGGAGAGAGACAAGAAUCAAACCAGCGGCGGGGAGGCCGCAGGGUGAAGUGGCCUACUACGCCCCGUGUGGCAAGAAACUAAGGCAGUACCCAGAUGUGAUGAAGUAUCUAUCCAGAAAUGGAAUAAGUGGCAUCACGCGUGAUAAUUUUAGCUUCAGUGCAAAGAUAAGGGUUGGUGACUUCUAUGAAGCCAGAGAAGGACCCCAGGGUUUACAGUGGAGCCUGUUGAAGGAAGAGGAGGUCAUUCCUCGUAUUUUGGCGAUGGAAGGUCGCAGGGGUCGUCCCCCUAACUCAGACCGCCAGUUAGCGGGCGAAGGUACAAAAGGUAACCGACGGAGGAAGGGACGGCCCCCGAAUGUGGGUGAUCCACUGGUACCAGAGGGCCCCAGUCCCAGUGAGGUCAAACUUCUGCGCAAACUAGAGGCUCAAGAAAUAGCUCGACAGGCUGCCCAGAUGAAACUCAUGAGAAAACUGGAAAAGCAGGCACUGGCGCGUGCAGCCAAAGAAGCUCGGAAACAGCAAGCUAUCAUGGCAGCAGAGGAGAGGAGGAAGCAGAAAGAGCAGAUCAAGAUUCUUAAGCAGCAGGAAAAGAUCAAGCGUAUUCAGCAGAUUCGGAUGGAGAAGGAACUCAGGGCACAGCAAAUUUUGGAGGCCAAACGGAAAAAGAAGCAAGAAGCCGCCAAUGCCAAAAUAUUGGAGGCUGAAAAGCGCAUAAAGGAGAAAGAGUUGAGGAGACAGCAGGCGGAGAUUCUCAAACACCAGGAGUUGGAGAGGCAUAGACUAGAUAUGGAGAGGGAGAGGAGGAGGCAACAUGUAAUGCUGAUGAAGGCUGUUGAGGCUCGCAAGAAAGCAGAGGAGCGUGAGCGCUUGCGGCAGGAGAAAAGGGAUGAGAAGCGCCUGAACAAAGAGCGUAAACUGGAGCAACGGAGGCUGGAGCUGGAGAUAGCGAGGGAGCUGAAGAAGCCAAAUGAAGACAUGUGUCUGUCCGAUCAUAAGCCUCUCCCUGAUUUCUCCCGGAUUCCGGGACUCAUCCUGCCAGGACGUGCUGUGUCCGACUGCCUGAUGCUGAUGCAGUUCCUGCGAGGCUUCGGAAAAGUUUUAGGGCUUGAUUUGAAUACGGAUGUGCCCACCCUUGGCAUGCUACAGGAGGGCUUGCUCAAUGUAGGGGACAGCAUGGGCCAAGUCCAAGACCUUCUGGUCAAACUGCUUUCUCUGGCAGUCUGUGAUCCCGGUUUGCCACCUGGACAAAAGACAAAAACCAUGCUGGGGGACCACCUGACCAAUGUUGGCAUCAACAGGGAUAAUGUGUCUGAGGUGCUACAGAUGUACAUGGGAGCCCAUUGUGCCAAUACAGAACUGGCCCCUCUGGCCCUCAGUCUGAAGACCAAGGCUUUCCAAGCCCACACGCCUGCCCAGAAGGCCUCAAUCCUGGGCUUCCUGGCUAACGAGCUAGCCUGCAGCAAACCUGUUAUCAGUGAAAUCGACAAGAGCCUGGAUCAGAUGGCAAACAUGAGGAAGGACAAGCUCAUUAUGGAGGGAAAACUGAAGAAGUUGAGGACCAUUUAUGCCAAACGCACUGGGAGGAGGGAGGCCAGUAUGGGUGUGGAAGAGAACCAGUCUGUUUGCACACCGUCCUCUGCCGCCAAACGCAAGAGGAAACUGGGCGGAGACAGCGACGAUGACGAUGAAGACGAUGAUGACAGUGAAGACCAGGCAGAGGACGAGGAGGACGAGGAGGAGGAAGAAAUGAAGAAGGUGAAAAAAGUGGAGACGUAUGAUGAGGAUGAAGUUGAUCAAGCCACCAGUAUCGAGGAGCUGGAGAAGCAGAUAGAGAAAUUAGCCAAGCAACAUCACCAGACCAGAAGAAAGCUUUUUGAAAUAUCCCAUUCUCUGCGCUCCAUGAUGUAUGGCCAGGACCGUUACCGCCGCCGGUACUGGGUACUUCCCCACUGUGGAGGGGUCUUCAUUGAAGCCAUGGAGAGUGGCGAAGCUCCAGAGGAACUGGAGGAGGAGCGACAGAGGAGGAGGAGAGCAGCAGAGGAGGUCAAGGUCAAAGAUGAGCCUCAGGAGAUUGAGGUGCAGAAGGAGAAGCCCCCCAGCCUUGAUGUGCAGAGCCCUCGAACACAAGGCUUGGAGCAACAGAAAGAGGAGGAAAAGGAGCGUGAGGGGAAGAACAACUCCCCGACCCUCUUCUACCAGCAACCAGGCUGCGUAUCCAAACUGUGCACAUUCCGGGACAUCAACAAGGAUAUUGGCAAAGAAACUGUGAAUUCAGAGGACAAGGAGAGUCCCCAUGUGAGACAAAACGGCAGCCCCACGGGCACUCCUAUUGCCACAACCACUGUAACAUCAUCCUCCCCCACUCACAAUACCUCUGAGCCAGCAGUAGCAACAACACCCUCCAUGGUGACCACUAAUGAUACAGCAAGCACCCUUCCCCCAACCUCAACUUCUUUAUCAGUCCCAUGCCUGCCAGCCCCACGUGAAAGCCCAGGGAACACUCCUCCAACCUCAUCCCCUGCUCCAUCCCCACACCUCGCAUUCCAAGCCAACGACCAGCUACUCAGAGUCCUGACAGAGAGGAGCGGACACUGGUUCAGUCUGCUCCCUCGAAACCCCUGUGACCUCGCUUCCAUCACCACACCUCCUCCAGGAGCGCCCCGUGUGUCUCCACAGGCGUCCUCCACCCCAGCCAGGCCCAGAUCCCCUCCUCCGUCCCCUGCUCUGCCUCUCACCCCUUCUGCUGCCUCAGCCUCCGCCAGCCCGCACCACCCAGCCGGCCUCCUCAACUACCCACUAUCAGCCCUGCAGGUGAAAUCAGGUGGUUCACUGCUAGGAGUUUCUUUCGGAAAUUGGCCCAGUGGCAUGAUGAGUCCCAGCCUGCCUCUGUGCAGCAGCCCCAGCCCCAUGCCAGGUCACUCUCUGGAGGGCACAGCAGCAAGUGUCUCCAGUAAGAGUGAAUCACCUUUACCUCGCAUUGAGAAAACCCCAUCCAUGCCCUCUCCUGCCCUGGAGAUGCCCAAAUCCCUGGACCACCCCUUACCUCGGCCCAUUCCAGAGGAGAUGCUGACAGGGUGGUGGCGGGUGUCUGACAUCGAGGAGCUGAGGGCUUUAGCCAAUGCUCUACACAGCCGAGGCAUCAGAGAGAAGGGCCUCCAGAGGCAGAUGCAGAAAUACAUAGAGAUCAUCCCCCAGGUCUGCACCAAACACAGAGACGUGGCCAUGAUCGAGUUGCGUGAGCUAGAGGAGAGCCAGGUCAGCGUGGAGUCAGUACGGGGCUGGUGUGUUGAGGAGCAGGCGAUGGAGAUGGACAUCGCCGUGCUGCAGCAAGUAGAGGAACUGGAGAGGAAGGUUACCGCCGCCAGCCUCCAGGUCAAGGGCUGGACAUUUCCAGACCCCCAGUCUGAGCGAGAGGACCUGGUGUACUACGAGCACAAGCCCCCCACCAAAUCAACGCCAGCGUCAGCAAACGCGGGAGACAAGGACUCCAAGGAGCAUUCAGAGGAACGAGGGGAGAAGGGCGGGGUGAUGCGUCACCCGGACAACCCGCUGGACAUAGCAGUGACACGUCUGGCCGAUCUGGAGCGCAACAUCGAGAGAAGGUACCUGAGGAGCCCCUUAGGUACCACCAUUCAGAUCAGGCUGGAUAAUGUGGGUACGGUCACUGUCCCUGCCCCCGCCCCAUCCACUAGUGCUGACAGGGAAGGCGGUGAGGAGGAGGUGGCACAUGGUAUGAAGGUGUGGAGGAAGGCCCUGACUGAAGUGCGUAGUGCUGCCCAGUUGGCCAUGUGUAUCCAGCAACUGCAGAAGUCAAUCGCCUGGGAGAGGUCCAUUAUGAAAGUGUACUGUCAGAUGUGCAGGAAGGGGGAUAACGAGGACCUCCUCCUGCUGUGUGAUGGCUGUGACAAAGGUUGCCACACUUACUGUCACAAACCCAAGAUCACCAGUAUCCCAGAGGGAGACUGGUACUGCCCGGCCUGCAUAUCCAAGGCAAGCGGUCCAUCUCCCAAAAGCAAAAAACCUCCAAGCAAACAAGUAGCAUCCAGCGGAGGAGGUGCCAAGAAAGGUGGAGAGGCGAAGAAGAAUGUGAAGCAGGCAGGUAACGGGGAAGUGUCGGAAGACGACCCGGCCAGCGCUAGCAGCACACCUAAGAAAGGAGCAAAAGACACCAGCAGGAAGAGAAAAACAGAGGAGAGCUCACCUGCUCUGCCAGCAGCCAAUCAGGAGAGCCCUGUUUGUGUGAAGCGAGCCAAGACAGCUAGAGACAACAACAGGGACCUGGGAUUAUGCAGGGUACUCCUCGCUGAGUUGGAGCGGCAUCAGGAUGCAUGGCCUUUUCUCACACCCGUCAACCUGAAAUCGGUCCCCGGCUACAGGAAGGUCAUCAAGAAACCGAUGGACUUCUCCACCAUACGUGAGAAGCUUGUGAGCAGCCAGUAUCAAAACCUGGAGACUUUCAUCAUUGAUGUCAACUUGGUCUUUGAUAACUGUGAAAAAUUCAAUGAAGACAAUUCAGACAUUGGUCGAGCUGGUCACAACAUGAGGAAGUUCUUUGAGAAGCGCUGGACGGAGCUUCUGAAACAAACAAACUAGACGUCUGUUCAGAUUCUCCCCGUAAGCCCUUUCAACUUUUCAUAUCGGAGCACCAGGUUUUACUUUUAUCUUUGUUUUUCUGAUGGAGAAUGUGGCUUUGCAGGAUGGAAGAAGAAGUCAAAUCCUUAAUAAGGAGCCCAUGGUGUGCUUAAGAGAGGCGCCACCUUGAAAAAAAAAAAAAAAGUCGUUACAUGAGGUGCGCUGGAUUUUAUUACAACAGGGAUAAAAGCCCCAAAGAGUCCCAGAGAAAUGGGGUGUCGUAGUGCAAUACCUUUCCCUGUCUCAGAACACUGCACUGAAUUAAUCCUCAACUGUCACUGAUGUGUCUGCGCUAGAAUACUUUCCACUACUUGUAAAUAGUCUUUUGUUAUUUAAUCGUAUUAUAGUGAAUGUAUUUAAUUUUGUAAUGAUUAUUUAUGAAUCAAGGUCCACUUCAUUUUCUAUGAAAAGGAAGAAUCAGCUGAACUGCUUUGAAUUAAAAAAGGAAUGUGUCUUUGUGUUAUAAUUUUUCUCCCAAAUAUCAAACAAAGCCAAGAAAAAAAAAAAAACUGUUUACACUGUUCAGUGCUUUGGGGCAUCAGAGGACUGUAUUCAUUUGUUCAAACUGUAAGACUGCAUUUAUUUACAGGAACAGCAGAGGAACAGUUAGACAAUGGUGAUUCAUGUGUAUAUACUGUUUAUUAAUGUCAAUAUUAUGUCUUGUUUGGAACGAUGUGUAAAAAUUGUUUAAGAAUAUUAAGAUAUUGUUUAUGCCUUAGAAUGAUUGUAGCAUUCUAUUUUAGUGAACGUGAUGAAAACAUUAUCAUAAAUAUUGUUUGUACAGUAUAUACAUAUCCUCUGCAAACACUGUGGUAUCCUUAAUCUUGGUAGUGCCUACCCUUCCAACAGGGGCAUGUAGGGGAUGUUAUUGUUUUUAGUUUUCAUUCUUAUGACAUUAUUUUUUUUUAUAUGAUUUCAAUCCAACAAGGCCUCCAAAGUUGGACAGUGACACAGAAAUCAUUCCUCACCGUAAAAGAAAAAAAAGGAACAACAAGCAUUCAGUUAUGCUUCCAUGAUGCAUUUCCUCGUAAUCUGCCACAAUACAGAGGACCUAAGGCCAUUUGUAACCACUGUGUUGAACCUUGCUGUGUGUUGUGGCCUGAUGGAGGCAGCUAGAUUUUUUUGUACCCAAGUCAAGAGUACUUGAAGUUACUUUAUUUAAGAUAUUGUGGAAUAAAAGUAUCAUUCUUUUGUAGGAGCUUUAUUUUUCACUAGUGUGUGGCACGGACCUAUUAAAAGGAUGUUUUUCGA